UUAAUUAUCGUUCUUUCAAUAUGGAGGUGCAGAUCCCAUAUUCUAUCGUCUUCUUCACUUUCUUCUGCUUUUUCUUUGUCAUCCACAAGCUAUCUUCUUCCACCAAACCGAUCAAAACCUUACCUCCAGGGCCAUGGAAAUUACCUCUCAUAGGAAAUCUUCACCAGCUCAUUGGCUCACUACCUCAUCGUUCUCUAGCAAAUCUUGCAAACAAGUAUGGACCCUUCAUGCAUCUUCAACUUGGACAGCUUUCUCAUAUCAUAGUGUCUUCACCUGAAUAUGCCAAAGAAAUAAUGAAGACCCAUGAUCAGAUCUUCGCAAACAGACCCAGAAUUCUUGCCUCUGAUAUCUUUGCCUAUAACAGCACAGACAUCGUGUUUUCCCCAUAUGGAAACUAUUGGAGGCAACUUCGAAAGAUUGGUACUUUAGAGAUUUUUUCAGCAAAGAGGGUUCAAUCAUUCAGAAGGAUUAGGGAAGAGGAGGUAUCAGAACUUGUAAGGAACGUCGCUGAACAUGAAGGCUCUUUCAUAAACCUUAGUAGAAAAAUAUUCACAAUCACGAAUUCCAUAGUUGCUAGAGCAGCCUUUGGAAAAAAGACAAAGAACGUAGAACAGAUGUUGGAAAUUAUGGAGCAAUCGAUAAAGCUAAGCUCUGGGUUAUCAAUUUCUGAUUUCUAUCCUUCGCUGAAAUUUGUUAGUGUUAUCACUGGCACGAGAGCUCGAAUGAUGAAGGUUCAUAGAGAUGGAGAUAAGGUGUUUGAUGAAAUCAUCAGAGACCACAAAGAAAAGGAGAAAAAUAAUGUUGGAGAGGCAGAGGAGGAUCUUGUUGAUGUUCUUCUCAGGAUUCAAAAGGAUAAUGACUUUGACAUCCCCUUAUCUCUUGACAAUAUUAAAGCUGUUCUUAAAGACGUUUUCUUUGCCGGAACUGAAACAUCUGCAACUACAACAGAAUGGGCUAUGUCAGAAUUGCUCAAAAACCCAAAGGCUAUGAAGGAGGCACAAGCAGAGGUAAGAAGUGUUUAUGGAAACAAAGGAUACGUAGAUGAGUCAGAACUUCACCAGCUGAAAUAUGUAAAUGCUGUCAUCAAAGAAACUCUAAGGCUACAUUCACCAGUAGCAUUGUCGGUUCCAAGAGAAAAUAGUGAGAGUUGUGAAAUUAAUGGAUAUGUGAUACCUCCUAAGACAAAGAUUAUUAUUAAUGUUUGGGCCAUUGCAAGAGAUCCCAAGAAUUGGAAUGAUCCAGAAAAAUUUGAACCAAAGAGGUUUCUUGAUACAAUGGUUGAUUAUAAUUUCAAAGGUUCAAAUUUUGAGUAUAUUCCAUUUGGUGCUGGAAGAAGAAUAUGUCCUGGAUCUACAUUUGCAACGCCAAUUUUAGAGUUGUUACUUUCCAAUUUACUUUACCAUUUCAACUGGAAACUACCAAAAGGAAUGAAGUUUGAGGAAUUGGACAUGGAGGAGUCAUUUGGUGCCGCGGUAAGAAGGAAAAAUGAUCUGAUUUUAGCUCCUAUUUGCUAUUAUGCUUGAGUUUAUACUGCGUGUGUUUAUUACCCGAGUGAUGUUUCGGCUGGUUCUAUGUACCCUUGAAUCUAUAUUGUGGAAGCCAAAAAUGAUGAAUAAAAAAAAUCAUU